GGGGCGGGCGGGGGCGCGGGGCCCGGGGCAGGCGGCCGGCCAGCGCCCCCUCCCUAGCAUGCGCACGAAGACGGCGGGCGGCGCGGAGCGGCGUCCCCUGCAGCCGCGCACCCAGGCGGCGGCGGCGGCGGCACCUGCCGGCCGAGAAAUGCCAAGCGAGUACAACUUUGUGAAGCUAAGAAGUGAAUGUUCAAGGCCCCCCCUGCAAUGGUACACCGGAGCCCAGAACAAGAUGAGAAGACCCAGUUUGUUGUUAAAGGACAUCCUCAAAUGUACAUUGCUGGUGUUUGGAGUGUGGAUCCUUUAUAUCCUCAAGUUCAAUUACAGUUCUGAAGAAUGUGACAUGAAAAAAGUGCAUUAUGUGGACCCUGACCGCAUAAAGAGGGCUCAGAAAUAUGCUCAGCAAGUCUUGCAGGAAGAAUGUCGGCCCAAGUUUGCGAAGUCAGCAAUGGCACUGUUAUUUGAGCACAGAUACGACGUGGACUUGGUGCCUUUCGUUCAGAAGGCUCCCAAAGUGAGUGAAAGCAAGGACGAGUAUGACCCCCCUUUCGGAUUCCGGAAGUUCUCCAGCAAAGUCCAGGAGCUCCUGGAUGUAUUGCCUGAGCACGACUUCCCCAAGCACUUGCAAGCCAAGCAGUGUAGGCGGUGCGUGGUUAUUGGAAGUGGUGGAAUACUGCAUGGACUAGAACUGGGCCACACCCUGAACCAGUUUGAUGUUGUGAUAAGGUUAAACAGUGCACCAGUUGAAGGAUAUUCUGAGCAUGUUGGGAAUAAAACUACUAUAAGGAUGACUUACCCAGAAGGUGCACCCCUGUCUGAGGCUGAAUAUUAUGCCAAUGACUUAUUUGUUGCUGUUUUAUUUAAAAGUGUUGACCUCAACUGGCUUCAAGCAAUGGUAAAAAAUGAGAGCCUGCCAUUUUGGGUGCGACUCUUCUUUUGGAAGCAGGUGGCUGAAAAAAUACCAUUGCAGCCAAAACAUUUCAGGAUUUUGAAUCCGGUUAUUAUCAGAGAGACUGCUUUUGACAUCCUUCAGUACUCUGAGCCUCAGUCAAGAUUCUGGGGCCGAGAUAAGAAUGUCCCCACCAUGGGCAUUAUAGCUGUGGUGUUAGCCACACAUCUGUGUGAUGAAGUCAGCUUGGUAGGUUUUGGAUACGAUCUCAAUCAACCCAGAACACCCUUACACUACUUUGGCAAUCAGUGCAUGGCAGCCAUGGACUGGCAGACCAUGCAUAAUGUGACCACGGAGACCAAGUUCCUCCUGAAGCUCAUCAAAGAGGGUAUAGUGAAGGAUCUCAGUGGGGGCAUCCAUUGUGAAUUCUGAACGCAGCAAACCUCACUUGGAAAUGCAGCUGUGACUUGAAGGCUGUGCCAAAGAGCCUUCUUGAUGUGUUUCAUCCUGCAAAUACUUUGUGAUGCAGCUGGUGUUUUUACCUUGUAAUUUAAAAACAACAAAAAUAAGUGAGGCACUCUUGGCUACUCAGGAGGCUGAGAUCUGAGAAUCUAGAUUCAA